AUGGACAUGAUCCCAACGGUUGUCGCACUUACCAGCGUACUAUGGAUAUUCUGGACGUAUCUGCGACAUCGCAAAGUGAACUCGAUCCUGAAGAACCUGCCGGGCCCCGAACCGGAGUCAUUCUGGAAGGGUAAUGUUGGCCAGUACAUAGACCGCCUUGGAGGAAAAUUCCAGAGACAUAUUGCACUGGAUUAUGGCCUUGUUGUAAGGCUGCACGGGCUUGCUGGUAUGCCUUUGCUUUAUGUAGCUGACCCUAGAGCCUUGCACCACAUGCUUAUCAAGGAAGAGAGCACUUUCGAGGAGACCAAGAUAUUUUUGAAAACUAAUGCCACUGUCUUCGGGCCUUCGUUGGUUUCGACCGUCGGCGAGCAUCAUCAGAAGCAGAAGAAGUCGCUCAGCCCGGCCUUUACAGUCAACCACAUGCGUGAGAUGCUCCCGAUAUUCUACACAGUCGCCCAUAAGCUUCGGGACGCGAUCGCAACCCGUGUCCGCGAUGGCCAGCAUGAGAUCGAUAUACUGGGCUGGACAGGUCGGGCAGCGUUGGAGUUGAUCGGACAAGGGGGACUUGGUUAUUCUUUUGAUCCUCUCACAAAUGAUAAGAGAGACGCAUACGCCGAAGCAGUCAAGGCAUUCCUCCCUGUUUUGCAAGAAACCAGCGUUUUUCGUCCGUUGUUACCUUACGUCUCGGGGGUCGGUCCGGCGUGGCUGCAACGAUAUAUCAUGGACCGCUUUCCCAGCAAGUGGGUCCGUGAAGUCAAAGCGAUCGUAGAUACAAUGACAGAACGAUCGAAAGAGAUUUAUAAUCAGAAGAAGGACGCUCUCGUCCAUGGUGAUAAGGCCAUGGUACAGCAGGUCGGAGAGGGACGGGAUGUCAUGAGUAUUUUACUCAAAGAGAACAUGUUGGCCUCAGAUAAGGAUAAACUACCGGAGGACGAGUUGAUUGCUCAGAUGUCUACCCUGAUAAUUGGAGCUCUGGACUCGACAUCUAGCAUGUUAUCACGGAUCCUUUUGCUGCUGGCAGAACAUCCAGAUAUGCAAGAAAAACUCCGAGCUGAGGUCCUGGCCGCGCAUGCUGCAGAUAGCAUACCUUACGACGUGCUGAACAGUCUUCCUGUCUUGGAUGCUGUAUGCAGAGAGACUCUGCGGCUCUAUCCUCCGGCCACUUAUCUGACCCGUGUACCCAAUAAGGAUGUCGUCCUUCCGUUGUUGGAACCUGUGUGCGGCAAAGACGGCAAGUUGAUUCGAGAAAUCCCCGUCACGGCAGGCAUGGAAAUUAUUAUUGGCGUGCUGGGCUGCAACGCCAACAAGGUUCUGUGGGGAGAAGAUGCUCUCGAAUGGAAGCCAGAACGCUGGCUGUCUCCGCUUCCUACAUCGGUGACGGAGGCUCGCAUCCCAGGAGUCUACUCCAAUCUGAUGACUUUCCUUGGAGGCAAGCGCGGUUGCCUCGGAUUCAAGUUCUCCGAGAUGGAAAUGAAGAUCGUUUUGUCUGUUCUUCUCUCGACCUUCAAGUUUGCCUUGACGGAUAAGGAUAUUUUCUGGAACGUCGCAAUUGUAUGGUACCCGACAGUUGGCCAGGACACAAUCAAGGCGCAGAUGCCUCUCAAGGUCGAAUUGCUGUCUCGCUGA